AUGUCGGUGGAAGAAGAUUUUGAUCAAUGGCUUGGAAGUUAUCUCGCAAACGAGCACUCCUUCGUGCUGCUGCUGGACUACGACGGAACGUUGGCUGAGAUUCCGGAUCGUCCGGAGCUUAGCGUCAUACCGCCACAAACAAAGGAAACAUUACGCAACAUUGUCAACAGUGGGAAGGCGUUUGUGGUAGUUAUUUCCGGCCGAAGUGCAGAUGAUGUGAAAGAGAAAGUUGGUGUUGCCAACGUUAUCUACUCGGGUAAUCAUGGGCUCGAAGUGGUUUAUCCCAAUGGUGGAAGAUACAAUCAACCGAUUCCGAAAGAAGUGACCGACAAUUUCGAUCAAAUGGUGGAUCAACUUAAUAAAGAGGUUGCACAUGAUGGCGCUUGGGUACAGAAUAAGCAGUUCUCCAUCAGUCUUCAUUACCGUGAUAUGGAUCCGAAGCUGGUUCCGGAGAUGGUACUUAAGGCAACACAAAUCAUUGAAUCCCACGGUUACCGGGCGGAUCCAGCCCACCAGGCUCUAGACGCAAACCCACCGAUCAAGUGGAACAAAGGACUGGCGGCAGAGUUUAUUCUUGAAUCUUGCUUUAACAAGGGGUGGAAAACUAAAAAAAUUAUCUUCGCUGGAGACGAUCUGACGGACGAAAACGUGAUGAAAUCAAUAAAAGGUUUCGGUAGAUCUUUUCGCAUUACCAGAGGACUAGAGGUUGAGAGUGAGGCAGAUUUUAAAAUUAGUUCUACGAAGUCGGUUUUGAAUUUACUUAAGUGGUUAGAGAAAAAGAUGUGUACUUAG